GAACAACGCAAACACUCCUUAUCCUAUUUAUUAGCGAACCAUCUCCUCAGUAACCUCUUCAGGGGAGUCAAAAGCUCCAACCCAAGGUUACUAGCACACCGGUACGCCCACUCGCAACUCGGUGCAGCCAGAUCUCUUCCCGACAUCUCUUCCCCACUGUGACAUCGACUUUCCGAACGAUCACUAAGCGUCUAUCAUUCAAGACUCAGAUAUUUUCUGCACUCCAGUUUUUCUAUCUGUCCUACCUCUUGGUGCUAUUCUCGCUCUAAUUUACUCCUAGCUUGGUAUACCGCCACAUCGCCCUCCUACCAGCGCUCAUCGAUCACUCCAUAUCCCAUCCUCCCAGAACCCGAAUGGGUGUCGCGGUCCUAGGACCAAGACAAUAAAUGAUGCUUACAGAAUGUGAGAAGAUCCUCGGUCACGGCCUUCUACAGCUCCCAGCAGAGCACAAGUACCGCUAUGGCCCCGCAGCAGAGAAAGCCCUGCUAGAGCUCCUCUUCCGAUCCCUAGCCGGCCAAAACGAGGAACGUCUACGGCAGCUAUUUCCCAACGGACCGCAAAACGGAACCUGGAAGUUGACAGAGGCCCAAGGGGUCGUGGAGGGCGCGGAGUAUACAGAAGCUGCGCGGGGUAAACGGUGUGGGCAUAUCUUUCGGGCCGGCGAGGCGACAUACCGAUGCACGACUUGCGGGGUGGAUGAAACAUGUGCUCUUUGCAGUCGGUGCUUUGACGCCUCGGAUCACAGCACCCAUCAGUACCAGGUCUACCUCUCUCCGGGGAACUGUGGCUGCUGUGACUGCGGUGAUGAGGAGGCGUGGCGGACACCGCUGUUCUGUGCGAUCCAUACGGAUAAUGGCGAGAAGAAAGGGAAGGAAGCUGUGCGGCCGGCGCUCCCGCAAGAGUGGGUGGAUAAUAUCAAGAUGACGAUUUCCCGCGCACUUGACUAUUUCUGCGAUGUUAUAUCAUGUUCGCCGGAGCAGUUGCGGUUGUCCAAGACAGAGGAUGGAAUUAGGAAGGAUGAGGUCGCCUCCCGGAUUCGCUCUGGGUGGUAUGGUGAUGGAGAUCAAGAGGAAGAGCAACCAGAGUUUGCGCUUGCCCUUUGGAAUGACGAGAAACAUACGAUUCAAGACGUUGCUAUACAAGUAAGUCGGGCUUGCCGAGAGCGUGAUCGAUAUGGGAUGGAGCGGGCCCAAGAGACGCAUGACUAUGGACGAAGCAUUGUAAGAUAUUCACGGGAUUUGCCGAGCUUGAUGAGGGUCUCGGCGGUUAUUGAGCAGAUCAAGGUCACCACGACGAUCCGAUCUUCCCGCGACACAUUCCGAGAGCAGAUGUGCGGGACGAUUGUUGAGUGGCUGACGGAUAUUGCGGGAUGCAGCAUUCUCGAUGAUAAUGAGAUACUGCGUCGAACCAUCUGCGAGGAGCUUCUGGGUACCUGGAGACGUGGCAGUGGCGCGUUUAACGCCGGAAUUGGUCUACAAGGCAUUGAUGAUCACUCGAUAUCAACCACCCACGAAAGGAUUCGGACUGUGCUGGUCCGUAUCACACCACAGGGCCAGGUGAUACCUCCUGAAGAAGACGAUGAAAAUGACGACACCAAUGAGGAAGAUGCAGGUGAAAUGGAAGACGAGUUUGUGGAGGUUGAUGGCCAAGAGGGAGUUGAUGAUGAUGGGGAUGAGGAAAUGGAAAUUGAACUCAACCGGUUGGCGGGCGACAUGGUGGACGACGGGGAUAUGGUCAUGGAUGGUACGGACGAUGCUCAGCAGAUUGCAGAGACCCUCUUUGGGCUUGCCCAACCCCUGGUUCAUUACCGCGCUAGACAGAGAGGUGAAGAACCGCAGCAAGACCCUCAACAGGAGGAACCUCAAUCGAACAAUGACGCUGCACAGGCUGCCUCAGUCUUACCAAGCGGAAACGGUGGCGAUCAGGAAGGGAGCAGCAACUCCAGCAACGGACCCUUUACGCGCAUUCCGAGAACACCAUCCCGCGUGAAACGACUUCCUUCGGCCAAGUCACCGAGUCACUGGCUGGUUCAGCCAUCCGCUCCAGUGACUGGCGAACAUGUUCCCUCAUACGAAGACUUGUGGCACCGCACACGGCUCGAUUGGGCGAUAUUGUUCGAUCUUCGAUUAUGGAAAAAGGCCCGCACCGACCUUCGUGACCUCUAUCUAGGAACAGUGGUCAACGUGCCGGAGUUCAAGCGAGUCAUGGGUCUUCGUUUGUCCGCUCUGUAUACAGCACUUGCCCAGUUGUAUCUGAUCGCUGAUAGAGAGCCGGAUCAUUCAAUAAUCAACCUGACCCUACAACUCCUGACUACGCCCUCAAUUACAGAAGAGAUUGUGCUCCGUGGCAACUUCCUGUCCAAGGUCAUGGCUAUUCUAUACACCUUCCUCACCACAAGACAAGUGGGCGAACCACAUGAGGUCAAUCCCACUGCGACACUGUCCUUUGAUGCUACUGCCGGGCCCCUCAACAAUCGUCGACUUUAUCAUUUCUUCUGCGACUUGCGGUACCUUUUGCAGUCUGAGUACGUGCAAAGCCGCGUGCGAAAUGAGGAGCAGUAUCUCUUGCAAUUCCUCGAUUUGAUCAAGCUCUCUCAGGGGAUUUGCCCCAACCUGCGUGCUGUCGGUGAACACGUGGAAUAUGAGAAUGACGCCUGGAUUAGUGCAUCAAUACUCAUGCGGGAAAUCAACCGGUUGUGUAUCGCCCUCCGCGAAGCGUUCAAGAAGCCCGAGGUGGAUGGAAGUCAGAACCUACUUCGUGCGAUCACCGUCACCACAAUUGCGACCGUGGUCAAUUCGGUCGGUUGUGAACGAGAACGAUUUGAAGAGGCGGAAAUCAAGGAGUAUGUCAAGUUCAAGACCCUUCCGCCAUUUGACUUCGAGGUUGGUCAACCGGAGCGGCUCCCCCGCCAUCGGGUGGUCGACUUUGUUGUAGAGAAGGGUGCAAUGAGUUUCCACCACGCUCUUCACUACACACUAUCAUGGCUAAUAGGUUGUGCUCGCAAUGAGAAGCAAAACACCCUACGCGAGGUCCUUUUUAGCGCAGCCGAGGUUGCCAACGAUAAUUUCGUGUUGGACAGUGACCUGGCGCCUGAAGAUUUACUUCUCGCGAUGUUUGACUACCCUAUCCGGGUGUGCGCCUGGCUCGCACAAAUGAAAGCUGGUAUGUGGGUGCGCAAUGGCCUCAGCCUGCGCCAUCAAAUGUCGCAGUAUCGGGGAGUUUCAUGCCGCGAGCUGGGUUACUAUCGCGAUAUCUUCUUGAUCCAGGCGGCAUUGGUGACAUGUAACCCUAGCAGGGUUCUUGCGUCGAUUGCAGAUAGAUUUGGGGUGGUGGAUUGGAUGACCAGGAAUUAUAUCCCGCGCGCUGGCUAUGAGGAUGCCAAGAUCAUUGAUGUUGUGGAGGAGUUUGUCCUUCUACUCAUUGUGCUCUUAACUGAUCGGAAGUCGCUCACUUCCGAUGGGAACACUGACUCUGCGAUCCACGCUAACAUGAAGCGCGAGAUUGCACAUGUUCUAUGCUUCAAGCCUCUCUCAUUUUCCGAUCUGUCGACUCGCUUGAGCGACCAGGUUCGGGACUCUGAUUACUUCCAGGACGUUCUGGAGGAGAUUGCUCGAUUCCGAGCGCCGGAAGGCCUGAAUGAUACUGGUACUUUUGAGCUCAAAUCAGAGUAUAUCAGCUUGGUGGACCCGUACAGCCCUCAGUACACCAAGAACCAAAGAGAUGAGGCUGAGAACAUUUAUAAGGAACUGAUGGCUAAGCAAACCGGCAAAAAUGCGUCAGAUAUCGUCUUUGAACCCACAUUGCGGCCUCUUGCUGAUGGGGUCUUUUCCGACCUUUCUCUGUUUACGCGUACUUCACUGUUCGCUCAGAUUGUACACCAGUGCUUGGAUUAUGUGAUCUCAGCAAAGGAUCGUACACCCACGAUACCGCCGACUCGCGUGGAAACUUUCCUACAGGUCGUCCUCCAUCUCAUCCUUUCGGCUACGUUGGAAGAUGACACCGACGAGGAUAGUAUAGACGAGCAGUCAGCAGAAUCAUUUGUGUCUCAUGCAUUGACCAAAAACCGAGCCACCCAAGUGGGUAAUCUGACACUUGUUGGCCUACUAGAAAAGAUCUCGAUGAUGGGCGAAUUUUCUGCAUGUGGUCCUAGAAUCCGACACGUCUUGAAGCGGCUUUGGCAGAAGCGACCUCAUACUUACUCCGCGGCCACAGCUUCUCUGAGGUUCCCGUUUGACAGGAUCGAAACGAACUCACCCGCCAUCGACACUGAUACCGAGAAGGAGCUCAGGAAGAAGCAGGCUCUCGAAAGACAGGCCAAGGUCAUGGCUCAGUUCCAGCAGCAGCAACAGAACUUCCUCAACAACCAAGCUGCGAUUGACUGGGGCGAUGAGGAUGACUUUAGCGACUUGGACGAGUCUGAGCCUGAGGUCAUCCCAGAAACCAAGCUCUGGAAGUACCCCAGUGGCACUUGUAUACUGUGCCAGGAGGAAACCAAUGACUCCAGACUUUACGGCACGUUUGCUCUCGUCCAAGAUAGCGGUAUUAUGAGGCAGACGGAUAUCCAGGAUGCGGACUGGAUUCGAGAAGUUCUCAAAACGCCGUCGAGUCUCGACAAGUCCGCAGACCACUUACGCCCGUUUGGCGUUGCGGGCGAGAAUCACAUAACUGUGCGGCGGCUUGACGCCUCAGGAGGGGAGGUUACCGGCGAGAAGAUCGGUUUGAGCAAGGGUUUCAACGCGAAAAAUACUUUGCGCGGUCCUGUGACCACGGGCUGUGGUCAUAUUAUGCAUUAUACUUGCUUCGAGGUCUAUUUUACUGCCACACAGCGACGCCAUACCCAGCAGGUUGCCCGAAACCAUCCAGAACGCUUGUCUCUCAAAGAGUUCGUUUGCCCCCUCUGCAAGGCCUUGGGCAAUACUUUCCUUCCCAUUACCUGGAAAGGUAAGGAGGAGUCUUAUCCCGGUGUGUUGAACACCAAGAACUCCUUUGACGAGUUCGUCAAUCAUGAUGUGAAGUCUGUCCUCUCUCACAGGUUGAACCAGGCCUUGCUCAUGGAAAAUGAAAAUCUGCCACUCCAGUCGUACCAAGGACUGUUUUUGGACUACCUUUCCAAAAACCUGGUACCUCAGCUUGCCGGUAGAGUUGACCAGUUGUUGUCAUCUUCGCUUCCUUCAACGGCACAUUCUUUCCCGCCAGCCCGGAUCCCCAUGCCGGGCCUUUUCCCUCCAGGAGAGGAGUCAAAUGCCCUUAGUCCGCCACAGCAGAUCCCGACAUUGAGUGACAGCCCCAUGUCCGAACUUGUUCAGAUUUACACACGAUUAAAGCAAACUCUCCGACUGAACCAUAUUCAUUCCACCUUCAACCACUCUCCGGACAUGACGAGCAACGAUGAUAUCGUUCAUACCGACUCUUUGUUCCAGAGCUUCGGCUUUAGUAUAGCCGCGGUUGAGAUCGCACAGCGUGGUGUUGAGUCUGAGCCGGGCGCCACAUUGCUAGACAAGAUCCCACAGCUGACGCUUACACACCUUCGUGUGUUGGCUGAAACCGCGUUAACAUAUGCGGCUGUUGGGGGCUUGCAUAGCACUUCGGGCCCGCCAAGUCCAUCUCUUGAAGAAUUCCAUGAGAUGCAUCGUCAGAAGCUAUGCCAGCUGUUCGUUGGACACCCAAGUCUUGGUGGAACAACCCUACUGAACAAUGUCCACGAGAUCGAGCCAUUAUUCUCCAAAGACACUUUCGUGUUCUUGGCUGAAAGUUCGCUUGCUCUCCUUCCGGUUCUCAAUAUCGAAGUUCGCCACUUGAUCCAGAUGUGCUAUGUAGCUGAGAUAGUCAAGGUUGCCGCCACAUACAUUCUCUGGCCCAUCGGAUUGAAGGAAGAACUGGCCCAACAUGGCGAUGCACAUUAUCUGUUGGAGAUGGAGCUUUCCGAUGAACGGUUUGAGGUCACUCGGAAGUUCUUCAACACUGUUGUUGCGGAGCUCAAGGCUAACUCCGUUGGACGCGCAAAGGGAUCAUCGUAUCCUGUAGAAAGUGGCUACGUGAAGGACGGCGAGGACUCCGCCACUCCUGGGGUGAUCAUUGCCCUGCGGCGUCUCAUUUCAAGCUAUGCAUUGACGUUCUUGCGUAAGGCGGUCAUCCUCCUGCAUGUGCAACACGGAGUGGAGUUCCCCAACACCGGCUUCUCUGACAUGGGAGCAUCAGAGCUAGACCGUUUGACCAAAGCGCUGGACAUGCCUUCUCUCGAUGCCAUUUUCUCAAUGAUAAACCCCGCGCGCAAGAGCCACAAGCCUUUCGACGCCAUGAUCUCAGGAUGGAUCUUCCACUGGAACGCGUCCCGCUCAGGCGUCCGCAUCGCAGAUACCAAAUUCUUCCCUAGCCUCCCACACCCGGCCAUCUUCGAGCUAGUCGGUCUACCAAAGUACUUUGACAGCUUGAUCGAGCUAGCCAAUCGCCGCCGCUGCCCAAAUUCAAAGAAGGAGCUCAGCGAUCCAAGCAUCUGUUUAUUCUGCGGCGACAUCUUCUGCGCGCAGGCUGUAUGCUGCAUGGACAAAAAUAACAAGUUGGGUGGAUGCAACCAGCAUGUUCAGAAGUGCGGCAAAAAUAUUGGCCUCUUCAUCAACAUCCGCAAGUGCUCCGUCCUCUACCUCCACAACCAGAGCGGAUCAUGGCAGCCGGCUCCAUACCUCGACCGCCACGGCGAGGUAGACCAGGGCCUUCGACGCAACAGGCCACUGAUGCUCAAUCGGAAGCGGUACGAGAGGCUUCUGCGUGAUGUCUGGCUGUCUCACAGUGUUCCCGCAACUAUCAGUCGCAGGCUCGAGGCGGAUGUGAAUAAUGGCGGAUGGGAGAGUAUCUAAGGGAGUGUGUUGUUGCAUGGCGAUGUCGAUAAGUUACGAAUGACGUAUGAUGGUAAAAUUAGACGAAGCUGGUUUCUCUUUCUUGUUUCGUGUAUCCUUUUUGUCUAUCACUGGUUGAUUGAUGUGCGAUCGAGAAGAAUAUGAGGUAUAUUUUAUGGGCUUUUCCCAUGUUAAAAGCUGGUGAUGCUUUUGUGGAUAUGUAUCUAGUCUGAAGACAGCAAGCACAUACUAUAUCAAAUGAAUAUUUCUUCCUUCAUCUACUUGAUCAACCCACAUUAUA